GGAUCCUAGAAUUAUGAGACGGGGGCUUUAAGGGCUCUUGCUGCUCGCGUCUCUAAUUUCCUCGUGAGCUUUAUCGCCUCUUGUCUGAUGUUGCCCCUGUGACACGUCUAAACCGGAGUUAUCGAGUUCUGGUGAUGCGUGCGUCGUAGUACUUGCGUCGUCGCGUGUUCGGAACUAGGCGGGUGCUCCGUGGUAACGUCACAGCACCUCUAGCAAGUGUCUUCGUACCCUAACAACACCAGCAAGCUUCUCCCCGAUUCUCACUUACCUAGAAGCCAUUACGCGAAUUCCUUUUCCACCCCUCGUCCACCUUUAGCUGAAAACCGGUACGUGCUUUCCAGGUCUUCGACAGUCACGAGCGUGUUGAAGCGGCUUUAGGUCUAACAGCAUCUGUUCAGCCUGCUUCCGAAGCUGUUCCACAGAGGCACUCCCUAUUCCGCGCUGUCUCUGCGUCGACGCGCACUCCUGCGUUAGGACGAGCGAGCGAAAUCGCAUUCAUCCCCUUGUGACCUCGUACCCUCGUCCCCUCGUACCCUCGUACCCUCGUACCCUCGUACCGCGGCGGCGCUUCCCCUGCUCCAUCUCUCCCCGUCCUCAUCCCCCCCUCACCCUCGCUCUCGUUUCCGUCGGCGCUUUCUUAGCAUCCGCGCUGUAUGCUCCUGCGUUAGAAUCUACUAUCCCCACUAUGGACCGUGCUUCCGCGCAAGGCGGCGGGAAUCACGCUCCGUCUCCCACGUGGAAUGCGGGGAUCGUCCCCGCCGCGCCCUACCCGCCCUACGGCUCCUUCUAUCCUCAACCCGUCGCGCUAGGGGCGUAUCCUGCUCCGCCAUUCGCGCAACAGCCCGUAUCGUACUACCAGCAGCAGCAGCAGCACCUGCAACAGCAGCAGCUGCUACAGCAGCAGCAGCAGCAGCAGCAGGAGCUGCAACGUCAGCAGCAGCUGCGGCAGCAGCAGCAGCAGCAGGCGCAGGCGCAAGGGAACGCGGCGGCGUUUAAGAGGCUCAUGGAGGCGUUUCCGGACAUGGGGCAUAGCCGCGUGGAGCGCGCGUUUCUGGACGCUGAAUAUGACGUCGAUUUAGCCGCUGCUGUGCUCGCAUCGUCGCAGCAACACCCCGCUACAGACGCUGCUGCUGCUGCUGCUGCUGCUGCUGCGAGCGGUGGUGGUGGUGGUGCUGCUACAGGAGCAGCAGGCAAUGGCGGCGCAGAAGCGCUCCAAGUGCAGGAGCGCCGGUGGUGGGAGGAAGCCCCGUUUGCCGCACCAGGGGGAGGGAUUCCGGAGGUGAAGCUGGAGAGCGGGGGAGGGCGGAAAGGUGAGGGCGGGGGGGGUGAAGCGGAACGGGAAGAGGAGGACGUUUUCGUGUGGGGGGAAGGGGGAUGGGAGGCGGUGGAUGAGCGAGCGGGCGAAGCACGAACUCAAGGGCAGAGUGGUGGGAGAAGGAGUAGGAAGGACAAGGGGAAGAGCAAGGUGGAUGACAAGAGUGAGGUGAAGUCGGGGGUGGGGAAGGAGUGCGGUGGUUGGGGGGCGAAUGACGGGGGCAAGGAAGCGGCGCAGCCUGACACCAAGAGAAGUAAGCUGAAGGUGCCUUCACCGCAGAAACAGCAGCAGCAGCAAGGAGGGGAGAGCAAGGGGAGGGCUGGAGGGCAAGGGAGCGGGUCUGGGAACCAGGCCGGAUUUCCGGGCCAGGCAGAACGCGCACUCGCAACAACUGCUGCUGCUGCUGCUGCUCCUGCCCCUUCUGACGACCCUGCUCUCGCCGCCACCACCACUGAUGCUGGUGGUUCUGGCCCUGCAGCACCUGCUGGUGAGGGCGGCGGCGUCGGUGGCGGUGGCGGCAUGGAGUACGGCGACAUGGUGGAGUUCUUCUACUCCAUGCUGGGCAGCCCCGCAUGCAUCGACAAGGACACCAUCAGCUACGUCAUCUCAUACUACAACGGGGACAUGUCUCAGGUCACCUCACACCUCCCUAUCCGCCCUGCUCUCUCUCUCUCUCUCUCUCUCUCUCUCAAGCGGUCCGUUUAUUCCAGCAGCUUCAGGAAGGUAGGGACCUCGGCGCAGGGGCAGCCGUAUGUCUCGACUGCAAGUGGGAAAAAUCCGACAUACGGAGCCCCGAUUUCGGUAAUGGGAGAUUUUCUUGUCGGCUUGCUCCCGGGCCAUGUAUCCGCGUCCUUUUCUAGCGUCCGGGUCCCGGCUGCUGAUGGGAUCUGUGACAGUGACGUCACAGAUCCAGACGGCUCCGGAACUGCGGUCUCGGAGGGCGAGGUCGGCCUUGUGGCCGUCAACGGGGCUGUAGAUGGUGGUCUCCUUGGUGACUAUAAAGUCAGCAUCUCGGGCCAUCCGUAUGCUCUCGUCCCGCAGGGCAUUAUGGGUGUCAGUCCGUCCGUGCCCGGUGCCACACCGAAGCAGGUGGUUGGGCAGCCUGGUGUCGAGGAUUUCGAAUUCCUCGGCGCAGUUGCAAGUGCGGGGGGCUGGGAAUGGAAGGCCGAGGCGGAAGGCCAGGGCAAUGGCGAAGUGUGGAGCUUCGAGGCGGAGGGAUGGGAAGAUGGGGAUGGCCUGAAGCCAGUCCCCUGCUCCAUAUCCAGCCAGGGAAAAGAGGCGUUGGGUGUGCCCAGAGAGUGGGUUUGGGUCCAUUGUCCGCGUGGCUGCCACCUGGCCGGCGUAUCGCACGGCCUGGACUUCGAGGGAUAAGCGGUGUUGGAGUGGGGAGCCGGAGGGUUCCGUCCUCUCGGAGUGCAGGAGCUCCCGGGCUCGUGGGGGCAUCGCCGUUUCACACUUCGCCAGCCAGCUGCCAAGUACGCGGACGCCUUCUGUGUUGAAAGGUAUGCCUGGGGGAAGGCGGUCAGGUGCAGGGUGCUCGGCUGACCACGCCGCGCAUUUCGCGGGGUUGUGGGAGAGACCGAUGCGGUCCAUGGCCGCUGUGAAAUUGAGGAACGCCGAGGUGCAGGCGUCCGGAUCGCCGACGAAGGUGAUGUCGUCGGCGUACGCGAGGCAGAGGACCUCGGGGUGGGCCGCGGCGGUUGUCUGGAGCGCUGGGUGGAUGGCAGCUGCGAAGAGGAGGGGGCCCAUGGGGUCCCCUUGGCGAACUCCCCGCGCGCUGAGUAGGGGUGGGCUGUCGAACUCGGCGUCGAGGUAGAGCAGGGACGGUGCUCCGUAGGAGAAUUGUAUGAAGGGGAGGAGCGGGCGCAGGGGCGAGGUGUUGAUUGCGUGGAUGAUGGCCGCGCGGUCAACGCUAUUGAAGGCGUUUGAAAGGUCGACUUGUAGGAUGAGUGAGCCCGGGCGCGCUGAGGUAAAGCCCCUGGUGGCAUGGAUGAUGGUUUCUCCGCCGCUUCUGAUGGCCACCCCGUAUUGGUGUGGUAGGAAGUAGUCUUGCGCUGAAUGCGUGGCGGAGAUUAGCGCGGAUUUUGCUGCUAGCCGGUGGAGACAUUCUCCUAUUGCGAUGGGGCGGGUACCCCCAUCUGGCUUGGUAAGGGCCAGGAGGCGUGAGGAGGUAACGAGUUGGCUGACCUCGUGCGGCAGGUUACCCGCGAGUAACCGUUGGACGAGCUGGUGAAGAUUU